AUGGUGACCAUUGAAGGAAAAUCAAUGCGGAACUAUAUGGAUUAUAUCUUGAAGUCGUUUAUUGACAAAACUCUCGUAUCAGUAAUGCGGUCAAUUCAAGCUUUUGCAUGUGCUCUUUCAAUGGAAAGAGACUGGAACCAAUGGAAGCUAGGCUGGAACCUCAGACUUCUCGGUGCAGCUUACAUGGGAAUUGUGGCUUCAGGACUAAUUUGGGUAUGCCUCAUGUGUUGCGUUCAAAUGAGAGGACCACUCUUUGUGUCCAUUUUUAAUCCUCUUAUGCUUGUAGUCGUUGCGCUUGUUGGGUCUUUACUCCUCGACGAGAAAUUACACUUGGAAAGAGUGAUAGGAGCUGCGAUAAUAGUUUUAGGGCUAUAUACAGUACUAUUUGGGAAAAGCAAAGAAAUGAAAAUGAGUACUCAACUUAUGCCAAACAAGAGCUUUCGAGACGCAGAACAAACGGACAAUAUUGCAUCAGAAAGCAUCAAGAGUACAAACGUUGAUCAUGGUAGCAACAUAAUGGCUAUUUCUUCUGGUUUUCUUCCAAAAACAGAAAUAGAAAUAUUUGAUGAUGAAGAAAUUGAUCUAGAGUCUAGUGUUCCCAAUCCAAAAAUAUGA